AUGACCAAGAGACAAGUAAGCUUGUUUUCUCUCGCUCUCGCGACCCUCUUGUGGCCCAUAUCUGCUUUGUCGGAUAUAAACUGUUACAACCCCGACGGCUCCGAGGCCAACGAUGACGUCCCUUGCACCUCCGACGCAACAACAUUUUGUUGCAACAGAGCCGACAUCUUGCCGUAUAACGAGAAUGCGGGAUUUCCUAUCGUCGCCGCCCAGUACAAUGGAAGCAAAACGGUGCAUUGCUGUGGCACGGCCUCGUGGAAGAACGGGAGCGUCAGCUGCGGGAAUUUCAAAUCAGUCAGUGUUCCAACCGGUACUGCCAUUCCAGGCGUGGCUGGACUUGCAGUGAAAGGUGCUCAAGGUUCGAAGUCUUCAGAGACAACUGAUUGUGGUUACAAUGUCUCCCGCGAAGCUGCUAUAGGUGCCGGGAUUGGGGUUCCACUUGCAAUAAUGACCCUUGCUGCCAUUACGUGGGCCAUGCGGGAACGUCGAGCUCGAUUCAGAGCUCUAUCAACGGUAUCUCCAGCGCCAAUGGCGAAGCCCCCUCCACUGAAACAAUUUGUUCAACAAGUCAUUCCGCAUCGUCCCGUUGAGUUAGGUGCUUCGGAUAUAUCUGAAUUGUGCGCCGGAGAGAACAACUACAAGCGGGUGUCGAAGCACGAGCGCCGAUAUUCAUGUGCUGUCUGA